AUGGCAGAGAUAAUAGGUCUGGUCGCCAGCGUCGUGCAAUUGGCCGAUGCAGGUCUGAAAUUAUCAUCUGCGCUGUACCAAUAUGCUGAUGGAGUGGCUACUGCCGAUCGAAGAAUUAAGAAUAUCGCGAACGAAGUCAAACUUACAAGCUUCGUUAUUCAAGAGCUGGGGGUCAUUUUUGAACAAAACAAGACGGCAAACCUGAUUUCGGGAAAUGCAAUUAUAACGGCGAAGGAAACGAUCAAAGAGUGCGAUACGGUGUUCACAGAGAUCAAGGUGAUAGUCGACAAGACCAAGUCAGGAAAGAUGGGUCGAUUUAUGUUACCUUUCCGGGAUAACAAGAUCGAACUCCUACGAAGUCAGAUCGACAAACUUAAGAGUACAUUGCAGCUGUUGAUGCAGGUACUGAUAUUUGCCCAGCAAGUUUCGUCAAACAAGCUCAGCUACGAGGCCGAAGCAGAACAACGAAAAGAGAUCAUACAAUUGAGGAGGAUUGCGAAAGAAGCAGCCGAAAAAUACGAGAAGUCGCGGAGAAGCUUCAGUAUCAGCGAUGAUGGUACUGCUGUGAAUGAUGACGAACGGUCCCUACAAGAAGGUGAUGGAUUUGUGUCGCCUUCUGAUCUUUUCAAGGCUGCUUCAUCCAUCAGCUCCACGAUCAAUCCUGAAACACUUGCGACAUGUGUAAACCAUGUUCGAAACCUCUUGGUAGAUAUUGAGACAUUGCAGCUUGCCCUGGCCAGGGAAGUAGACGGAGAUGAUCAUUCAGAUCAUCAUCAGAAGGCUAUUGGGUCUUACUUUAUCGCUCGCUCCCAUCUCGACAGUGUUCUGCUUGGCAAGUCUAAAGCCAAAUUCACUAGCACACAAACCCAGCAAAUCACCAGCGAAACGAGUGCCAAAAGCGCUGCAUCAGAGCUGCAGCGAAAGUUGAUGCCUGAUGCAGCACACGAGAAGUUACCCUACAGGCAUACCAAUACCGCUUCGUAUGCUGCGAUAGUAGCAAAAGACACAGAACGAGUGUCCCGGCCAGAAUGUUCACCUGAAGAAGUACUAAAGAUAAGAGAGCAACGCCUUCAGAAGUUAGCCCAAGAUGAGGUUCGGCAACGAGAGUGGACUGUUUCCUCUGCAAGAGACGCCCAAUCACCUAAGCGGCUUUCACUUUCGUCGGUCCAGCCAUCGCAGUCGACCCGCGAUGGCUCUCGUUCACCUUCCAAGUACUAUCUUAUAGAAGAGCGUCGCCCAUCUGCAUCUAGUACGGGCCCUCUUCAAAACGGCCUGGUUCCCAGAAGACGGAAAAAAUCACAACAGAAGCUAAAAUUGGGCGACUUCCUUGGAGAUCAAUCAUUCGGACCCUGGGCAGACGAGAUGGAAGACGGACCUGGAAAAGUCCGAACAGAAAGAGGAGGACAUUUUGGCUCCAGUAGAGGUAAUUCUGAACCAUCCAAGGUUGACGAGGUAGAUGAUUUAUUGAGGGAAUGGACUACCGUGCUCGGAUGA